AUGGUGGUAAAUAGUCAUUUGACGAGAUCUGUCGUGAUUGAAACGUUCGAUCCAUUUCUCGUCGUAUAAAACUCGAUCGAACAAAGGUUCGGUGAGACGAGAAGAACAUAUUACAGUUUGUUUCUUUCUGUGACAAAUUCCUGACGAAGACGUGAUCUUAUGGUUUCCUGGUGAACGCGAAAGCAAGUACACUCCGCAGGUCAAUUUUGAAUUAGUCUCGAUUGCAGUCCUUAAAUCUUCGUCAUUCAAGGAAAGUGGUCUUCCGGAUUCGAGGGAGUGCAUCCUCGAGGCUCGCUCCUCGCCCGAAGCAAACUUUUGAAACCAAUUUCGAGCAGUUCUUUCCUUCGCUGGCUUCCUUUCCUACUCAAACGCCGUACAAAUUUUUGGACGGGCCAAGUUUGAACUCAAACAAAACAAAUAAUAAAUUUAUUACUUAGUAAUAAUUUCUAUCCAGUGAUACCAUACCCACGAGUUCAAGAAGAAAGCGACGAAUUAUUGUAUAUAUACUUUGGUCACUCGUUAUGGUCCGCGGAAUCAGUUGCCAGCGCAAGGGUGAUACCAUACCGACGAGUUCAAAAAGAAAGCGACGAAUUAUUGUAUAUAUACUUUGGUCACUCGUUAUGGUCCGCGGAAUCAGUUGCCAGCGCAAGGGGUUAA